AUGCACAAGGACAUGAGAAUCGCAGAAGAUCAACAUCUUCCACCAGGAUAUCCAGCUGCAGAAGAAGUCUCUGAACAAACCGGACAAAACAAUAAGAAGGAGAAGAAGCCGCGGUCUUACGAGACAAAGCAGAAAGGAGACAGAGGCUUCAUUGAAGGAUGUCUCUUUGCACUAUGCUGCUGCUGGAUUUGUGAAAUGUGUUUCUAA